AUGAACACGCAGCAACCCAUCGGAUGGGGAUCUUUGCCAUUCGAAGUGAAGGAGGCGAUUCUCAAGCUACUGCUCGACUGCGGCAGUGCUUCCUACCUUGCUCCACCGGUACGAGGCGACCUGGACCAUCUGGCCGCGGCUCGCCACCCCAUAACCCGAAGUGCUAUCAAGCACAUAUGUCUGCGCAUCAUCCUGGAACGCUACUCGUUCCGACAAUCCUUCCAAGAAGCGGACUUGAUCGAAUCCAUUCGCAGCGACAGGUCUAUCAAGACAGCAAUCUGGAGGCUGUUUGCCAUCCUCGGGACAUGGGCAGCGGACCAUUCGGAAAGUCUGACGCUUGAGAUUGACGCCUACUCACCCAGUGACAGGAUCCACUGGCACAAAAACCUGCUGUUUGGCGAUGAUUAG